UUCCAACAAUACACACAUCUUAUACCUUCUCCUAAUUACUAACCUUCCAUGGCUUUUCUGCAAGAAAAGUUUCUUCUUUUAUGUCUUGUUAUCCUUAACAGUUUACUCUUCCCAGUUUCAUCUCGAGGUCCAGUUUAUCGGCCACCGCCAGUUGAGCAAUUAACAGAUCGUUUCCCUCGUAUACGCUUCACCCAAGGAAUGUCCACAUUAUUUGGAGCAUCAAAUGUCCAUUUGAAAAGCAAUGGAUCAUAUGCUGAUAUUAUAUUAGACAAAACCUCAGGUUCUGGAUUGGUUUCAAAAAACAAAUACUACCAUGGAUUUUUUAGUGCUGCAAUAAAGUUGCCAGCCGGUUUUACUUCAGGGGUAGUACUAGCUUUCUAUAUGUCAAAUGCGGAUAUAUUUCCCCAUAACCAUGACGAAAUCGACUUCGAAUUGCUUGGAUAUGCGAAAAGAAGGCAAUGGGUUCUUCAAACAAAUAUGUAUGGAAAUGGAAGUGUCCAUACUGGAAGAGAAGAAAAAGUUUAUCUCUGGUUUGACCCUACUCAGCAGUUUCAUCAGUAUACCAUCCUUUGGAAUAACCACCACAUUGUGUUUCUAGUAGACAAUGUGCCAGUGCGAGAGGUAAUCCACAACAAAGCGAUUUCGUCUGUGUACCCAUCGAAGCCAAUGUCACUAUACGCAACCAUAUGGGAUGCUUCGGCGUGGGCAACCAAUGGAGGAAAGUACCCAGUUGACUAUAAGCACGCACCAUUUGUGGGAUCAUUGGGAGAACUUGAAAUUGUUGGGUGUUCAAUGCAGAAAACAAACUCAACAAAAGCUGCGGCCGGGUGCUUAAAGAAUACAACGGUUUCAAGCUUGGAUCCUGUGGAUGGAGAAGAGUAUGCAAGGUUAUCGAAGCAACAGAUGGCUGGUUUGAAUUGGGUCAGGAGUAAACAUAUGUAUUAUUCGUAUUGUAAGGAUACAACACGAUAUAAAGUGAUGCCAGCAGAGUGCAAUGCUCAAUAAUUCUUUGUAAUUGCAUAGUCAUAUAUUUUGUUAUUGUUUUAUUUAUUUGUUUAAAAGAUAUAAAGUGAUUGUUCCAGUUUACAGAA